AUGGCUGCCAGAAGAGGGAUUCCGACUGAGAAGAAAAGUUCACUGUCAGAAGAAGAGCAGAUCAAUAAUAUCAUGGACAAGCUUUUCGUCCUGUUUGGAGUGGAAAUCCUUAAGAAAAUACCUGGUCGAGUUUCCACAGAUGUGGAUGCCCGAUGGCUAUCCCAGCAGUACCAGAGAGCAGUUCUAUAUAUUUUUGUGCUGCUGUUUGUGAUCCUGACAUCCUUUUGUUUGCACAGGCUAUCUUUCGAUAAAGAUGGAAUGGUGAAGCGUGCAAAGCGCCUUAUAGCUCUCUACAAGGAAGCUGGAAUUGAUAAAGAGAGGAUCCUGAUCAAGCUUUCUUCAACAUGGGAGGGAAUCCAAGCUGGCAAGAUUCUUGAGGAAGAAUAUGGCAUUCACUGCAACAUGACCCUGCUGUUCUCCUUUGCCCAGGCAGUGGCAUGUGCUGAGGCUGGCGUUACACUCUUUUCUCCAUUCGUGGGUAGGAUAUUGGACUGGCAUGUAGCAAACUCUGAUAAGAAGAGCUACGAGCCUUCAGAAGAUCCAGGUGUAAAAAGCGUUGCCAAAAUCUACAACUACUACAAAAAAUUUGGCUACAAAACCAUUGUGAUGGGGGCAUCCUUUAGGAACACCGGCGAAAUCAAAGCUCUGACUGGAUGUGAUUAUCUCACCAUCUCCCCCAAACUGCUCGGUGAGCUGGCCAAAGACAGCAGCAAACUCACCCCAGUGCUUACAGUCAAAGAGGCCCAGGCAAGUAACCUAGAGAAAGUGCACUUGGAGGAAAAAGAUUUCCGGUGGCUGCAUAACGAAGACCAAAUGGCAGUGGAGAAACUGUCCGAUGGGAUCAGGAAAUUUGCCAUUGAUGCUGUUAAGUUGGAGAAGAUGUUAAAGGAACGCCUCUGCAGUGCAGAAAAUGGGAAAUAAGGUGAUUCCACUCUGUUUUGUACCCAAUACUGAUGUCCAGAUCAUUCCUCACCUUUACCGACCAGUCCUCCAUUGGAGCCCUAUUUUUGCUCACUGGCUUUAAUGUUUUUAUCUACAAUAUGAAAAUAUUCAAUCUAAACCCUGUUACUGUACAUUUUUCUUUUUGUACAUGUUCUUUUGAUGCACUGAAUAAAGCCAGCGCUUACUAAAAAGAA